CGUACUAGUCGUAGCCCCGUUCGACACGAUACGUCGAUUAGUUGCCGUGGAUCGUGUCGGGGUUAGAACUUAGCAGGGACCAUUUUCGACUAGGGAACCCCUCUCCAUCCACAUUUUAGUAUCACUGCACCAUCGACUUGCAUCGAGAGACUAAUCAAUCCACGUACCAAGAAAUUCAAACCUCGUCUCCUCGUCUAACUCUCCAUUUUCAAUCUUCCAUAUCCAAAAGAACUUCUAGGGCGCUACCCGUACAUUGAAACUUCUACUAUUAUCCACUCAUCCUCCUCCGUUCGUUGUAAGAGCGCUGCUAGCCAGCCAUCGUACCUUACAUUUCCAACCCAAUUCGUUCUGCUUCGUGCAUACACCCACACUCCCUUGUCUUUGAACUUUUCCACUUUAUCCGUAUCUUUUUGCUGUUCUAUUUUCGAGUAUUCACAUUUGAACAUCAAGCUGUCAAUCUUUCAACCUUUCUACAAUUCAUUCAUCACGAGAACGGAAGAUAUCGAAGUCAAAUCAAGUCAAGUCUACACGUUCCUUCGAGGUGCCGAAUCGUUAUUCCCCACCAGCCCACCACUACUUUACGAUCAGCAAUCAACACUAAUUAAUAGCGACGGGAGGAGCCCGAAAGCCAAAUCCUACGAAAAGUACAAGGACUCGCAUACGAUCCUUUGAAUUUAUAUACUUUAGAACAUAAUCUCAACCAAAAUACAGUUACUCGACAAUAAGACACUCCCAUCGCUGGACGGAUUCGAGAAUAUUUAAUACACACACUAGUUGCAUCAAAGAGAAGGGACGUACGGAAGAAAAAAAGAUACCGACAAUUCGAGAUAGCUUCGCACAACAUACGAGUAUUGCAACACGACAUAGAAUUUCCUUACACCGCUUGAUAGCUGGUCGCUCACGAAGGCGACCAGCCAGCUACGAAAGAAUAUCUCACGAAUACAUAAUUUUUGAGGGAGAAAAGGCAUCAUGUCUUUGAAACAGGAAAUCGAGACGUGGGUCUCUGCCCUUGGUCGUUACGAUAAUAAUGAAUUUGAUGAAGCAUUGAAGGAGUUUGAUGGCAUUGCAGACACUUCAAAGAUUCUCUUCAAUUGUGGUGUUAUUCAUGCGACAUUGGGGGAACAUGAGAAAGCGGUCGAAUGUUAUCAAAAAGCCGUUCGUCUGGAUCAAUACCUAGCCGUAGCAUAUUUUCAACAAGGUGUCUCGAAUUUCUUGGUUGGCGAUUUCGAGGAGGCUUUGGCCAAUUUCAAUGAUACUUUACUGUACCUGAGGGGAAACAACAUGAUUGACUAUGCUCAACUUGGUCUUCUUUUCAAACUAUAUUCGUGCGAAGUGUUAUUCAACCGGGGGUUGUGCUACAUAUAUCUACAACAGAAGGAAGCAGGACUGCAAGAUUUCUCCUUCGCUGUGAAAGAGAAGGUUGUUGAGGAUCACAAUGUCAUUGAUGAGGCAAUUCGCGACGAAGCCGAGGGUUAUACCGUUUUCUCGAUUCCCGUAGGAGUGGUUUACAGGCCCAAUCAAGCGAAAGUCAAGAACUUGAAGACAAAAGAUUAUCUAGGCAAAGCACGUUUAGUUGCAGCUUCAGACCGUGCUAAUGCUUUUACUGGAUUUGCUGGUUCAGAGAUUAAGAAUGCUGGUAUAAUUCAACCCAAGGAUGACCGUCCGACGGAGAAUCUUUCAUAUGCGGCGGCGAACCUUGUAAAGCCCGGUUUGGCUAGCAAAAGACAACAAUCAGAGCCACCUCUGAACCGAAAUGUUUUCCCACCCACACCACCUCCUGAGGCAGAGAAAAGUUCUGGACCUCCACCCAUGAGUCGCGGGGCAUCUGUUCGAAACGGACCUAAACCCAUGCCAGCUAAACUCAACAUCGAAAAAGCACGCCCUAAUGAAAGUUAUGAGAUUCGUGAACGUGACGAUGCAAGAAGUCCUCCAGAUGCGCGACCCGCCAGACGCGGGACUCAAAGAACAGCAUCAGAACCAAGGGGGCCAUCGCAAAUGCAAUACUCCAAUAAAAGAUCCGAAUCACGUUCAAGACAACCACCGAGACGAAUGCAAUCAACGCAAGAAGAAGAAGAUGACUACCCGGAGGAUCUCUAUGAUAUGUAUAGCUCCCCAGGUCGGAGAUCGAAUAACUCUAGACGCAACACCCGGAAUAGAUACAUCGAAGAAGAAAGUGAAUACGCAAGCGACUACGACGAAGGUUCUUUUGACGAAGAUGAAUUCGAAAUGGUCUCUAGUCGUCCGCCUCCUAGAUCCCGCACAACAUCUUCGAUUAAUGGUGGUAAUGGUCGAGCUGGCUCUCGUCAACCUGAUGUACGCAAAGUUCGUGUGAAGGUCCACGCCGAGGAUGUACGAUAUGUUAUGAUAGGCUCGGCUAUCGAGUUCCGCGAUUUCCAAGACAAGAUAAAGGAAAGUUUUGGGCUGCGUGGAUCGAUUUAG